AUGGCCCCGAAGAAAAAUGCUAGUGUCGCCAAAGCCAAAGCGAAGCUACCGGCGGCCAGACCCAAAGCGAAGCAGACUGCGAAAGCAAAGGCCGCGAAUCCAGGGUCAGGCGCCGACACUAGCCGCAUGACUCAGGUUCGGCGACCAGACCCCGCCACUGGCGAGUUGCGGAGCGUGACUUUGGUGACACCUCCGGCAUCCACUCCGGACAAAGUGGUUCAGCCUCUGACAGAUUAUUGGAGGUCUGCUUUCAAAGCAGAUGACAACGAUUUCAGUGAAAAGAGACAGAAACUGUCUCCCAGUCGGGACAGUGCAGCGGCAUCGGCAUCGACUGCACAUCCACCACCGCCGCCAACAAUGUCUGCGGCGUCGUCGCCACAGCCGACAGUGCCGGAGCCAAUGGAUGAGACGGAAGAGGCGAUGCUGAUUGCCGAGCUUGAGACACAGAUUAUACCGCCGUCGCCCCAGUCUCCUCUUCGUUCCCUUUCGCGACAAGAAGAAGGACCGGCCACCGAUGGAGAUGAUGCAUCUCACAGCUCCGACAACGACACGGGCUUUGCAUCCUUUGAUGAGAUGGCACAGGUGCGGAGUGUGGCAGCGUGCGAAAUCACACCGUUCAAGCAGAAGUUCCUCCAAAAGCAUGUGCUGGAUUGCUCAUCUGUCGUGACAUUCAAGGGUGUGUGCCAUAUGAUACGGCGAAUACAGCCGCUUUGUUUCAUCCUUGAGAAUGUUGAUUCUCUGGAAAGCGCUGCCUCCUCCAAUGAUGAUGACAAGGAGCCAAGCAAAUCGAAUUUGGAGAUGAUCAUGGCCUGGCUGAACGACCUCGGCUACAAGGUGACGGUCGAGAAGAUGCGGUCCGACGACUAUGGCCUGCCCCAAAGGCGCAGCAGGCUAUACUUUUUCGGGCUGCGGAGCUCAGACCUGCUGGCCGAACCAGCUGAAGACAGUCUGUGCAGUGUGGGAGAUCGACUUCUUCUGCUACGCAAGAAGGAGUGCUUCUUGCAUCCGGAGGAUGACAAUAUCCUUGAGGAGGAGCUUGAGCGACUACGGUCCAGGGCCAAUGACAAGGCGGCUGCGUCCAUCGACAAGGGCGAUGGUGUGGAGCUGUCGACCAAAGGCGACAGAUGGAGGGAGAUCCACAGCUCGAUGGCAGAGCAGAGUUGCAGCCUUAACUGUGUUUGUAUUGCAUUAAUUGCUGCUUUAUGGGGCUUGGGAGAUAGAUGCCAUUGUUGCUGA